CCCAACCCCACCUGACUCCCGCCAUGUGACUCUCUCAUUCUCUCACCUUCUUCUUCCCCUUCUUAUUUUAACCAUAAAUAAAAACUCCUCUCAACCAAAAUACUAUCCUUUCCCAUUUCUUCAAAAAAAACACCCAUCAAAUUAAAUGGCACCACCAAAACAUACCCUUCUUCUCUCCACACUCUUCUUAUUAUUACUCUCCAUCUCACGCGCCGACGUACCCACUACUGGCUUCUCACUCCAUCUCGCCACCGCCGCCGACAAUCCUGACUGGCCGCCGACAAUGUACUACGACGUGGUUGACAUGGGGGAAGAAAACGAUGGAAAUGAUAUGUCUAGUAGUGUCCGGAGAUCUUUGUUUUGGAAGAGGAUGAGAUACUAUAUUUCUUACGGCGCGUUAUCCGCUAAUAGAGUGCCGUGUCCUCCACGCUCCGGGAGGUCUUACUAUACUCAUGAUUGUUGGAAGGCUAGAGGACCAGCUUAUCCCUAUACUAGAGGUUGUUCUGCCAUUACUCGAUGCCGCCGGUGAUUAUGAUUGACGCCGCCGGUAGAAUGUAAUUUUAUCUUAAUUAAUUAAGUAGUACCACUGUAUUAGGUUAAUUAGAUUAUAAUGUUAUAUCUAUCUAUGGAAUGUAAUUUUAUAUUUUAACGAUAAAUUUACUCUACUUUUCAAUUAUCUUUUA